ACUCCCAGCGGGCAUUUCAUAUUUUGUUUUUCUAGUACUCAUUUUCUCAUUUUCUCAGCAUGGAUUUUAUCUACUGUGCAUUCUGACGAAGGCGCUUGCUUUCCAGUUCGAGACAGAUUCAACGAGAAAAAUGUCGCGUCUACCGAAACUCUAUCAUAGAAGAGACAUUCGUUUGAUCCGUAUCAAGCCCGGAACGAAACAAUCCAACAUUGAGAUUGAAAUCGAAACUUCCAACCUUGACUCAAAUGUGGAGUACACCGCGCUUUCCUACGUUUGGGGGGAAAACCCUUCGCUCCCGUCUUCCAUCGUUUAUGAUGGGCAGAAUGUGCCGGUUACUCGUAACCUCUGGGAAGUCAUGCUGCGAUUCCGAGCAGAGAGAUUAGUCGGCCUGUUAUGGGUUGACGCUAUAUGUAUCAAUCAGCAAGACAACGAUGAGAAGAGCAUGCAGGUCAACAUGAUGAGGGAUAUUUACAAACAAGCUGCCAAAGUGAUCUUCUGGCUUGGAGAGCAAGAAGAGUACGACGAGGAUGCGGUUAAACUGAUCAAGGUAUUCAACGAAAACAACAAAAGACCCGUAGACAGAGCAUUCCCCAGCGGGAUGCAUUCCAAGGAACUGUCCGACUUGGGUUUGCCAUAUGAUGACCCAGGAUGGUCAGGUUGGGCUUCGCUACUCUGCCGACCCUGGUUUGGCCGUGUGUGGAUAGUUCAAGAAUUCUUGAAUGCCUCGUACGCGGUCUUCAAAACUGGUUCUCUGGAAAUUGUUCGCGAGGACUUGAUCUGGUUCGCAUACGCCAGCGGGGUAAGUGUCGGCCUUAUCGCGCGCGUGGGAGACUGUAUGAACGUGCCGGGAAACCACAGAAGUACAAUAAUGCGAGCAUUCCAUCUGGCUUGGGACUUGCUUUUCAAGAUAGAAGACAAAUCUCUGGUGGAUGCUCGGAUGGUCGACUCGAAGAUCAUGGAUAUGUGGAUGAAAAGUCAGAUGCUGGGCGCUACAGAUCCACGGGAUCGUGUCUCUGCCUUGCUGUCAACACAAAAUGUCAUUAGUCUCGACAUUGUUGACUAUAAAAAAGAUCUGGUGGAGGUAUAUACAGAAAUUGCCAGCAUAGCCCUAAAUGCGCGACCCUUGGACACUGAUUCAUAUAGUGAAUCAUCCAAGGAUUCAGGAUCGGAUACAUCGGAAACGUUUAUGAUCAGCCAGCGUACGAGCAGGUUUCUCGGUUGCAAGACUACUUCUUUACACAAACCGUCUUUACCAAGUUGGGUUCCUGACUGGAGACCAUCCGCGACUUUAAUAUUCGAGCGGCUCACACGGUAUUUUGUGGGUACCUCCAGGUUUUCUAAGCCCUACAUUGACGCUAUGAUAACGGAAAAGACUAUGUCCAUUUCAGGAUGUAUUAUAGAUAAACCCGCCAUAAUAGUAGACUCGCCGUCAUACAUUCUUCUCCGAUCCAGCCAUAACAAACUGAGCCUCAUAAAACGGAUCAUCAAUUGGCACGUUGCUUGUUAUCUUCUCACGUGCGCAUACUACCACAUCCCGAAGGCAUCCAACACCACCCACCUUGAAGAAUUCUCCCGCGUCAUGGGCUUCAGCGCGUUAUACGAUGGCACUAAGUGCCCUUCCUUUCAUUACAUCGCAGGCUUUGGCACGCUUCACAGUAGUCUUAUUCACAGUUCCUUAGAACCCAUCACAUAUCGCAUUCCCAUUCCAGCAAUGAUCUCAUGGAACAAAGACUUAGUCAACUCGUAUCGAAGCAUAGCAGCAAAGCUGACGCAGGGAAGAAUGUUUGCCAUCACAACAAAGGGAGAUUUGGCCUGGGUCCCCGAAACGACCAAGCUGAAUGAUUCUAUCUGCUUUUUGGCGGGUUGUGCUGUGCCUUUUGUUGUUCGGUCUCAUAUCGAAGGCGGGGAUAUGUGGUAUGAGCUACUUGGAGACUGUUAUUUACAUGGGAGAAUGGCGGAUGGAAACAUCGUAUUGAAUGAAGAGCCGGAAGUCAUGGUUUUUCGGUGA